AUGCUUGCGAGGUUCUUAAUUCUUCUUGCAUUUGUGCUUGGCACGGUUUAUGGUCAAACACACAACUGCGAAAAUGGUUAUAAACCAUCAAGUUACAUUGGUAAACGUCGAGUUCCAAUCACUUGCAAUCUUGAACAGUUAGACUGCCCGUCUUCUUGGAAGUCGGGAAUUCCUGAAGGAAGCGAAACAUCUGCGCCAAUGAUUUACCAGAAGUUUCUGAACUGUCAUGAAGGUUUUACUUCGUGUGGAUACGUCCCGAUCGAUCAAAAAUCUGGUGAAGUUCUUGGGCAAAGUGGCGUUACGAUUGGCGCUGGUAUUGAUCUUGGAAGCAAGUCGAAGGCGUCUUUCACGUCAUCAUUAUUUAGUACAAUCGUUAACAAACUUGAACCUUACUUUGGUUUGAAACGAAAUCUCGCUGCUUGUGCUGCAAUUGAACGUCGAUUGAUACUAGCGUAUUGGGAAGCAAACACUUUGACAGAUGCUGUUACAAACGAUGUGGUUACUGAAGUUUCAAAAAGAUACGACAGCGAAAAAGAUGCGAACACGCAGGCGUUUGCUUCAGUUCCUCGCGGUAUUCGUACAGCCAUCGUCAGCGUUUGGUAUCAGUUGGGUUAUCCUACGGCUUAUCCAAAGUUCUGGAACUUUGUGACGAAAAACGAUUGGGACAAUGCGAUAAAAGAAUUGAGAAAUUUUUACAAGAAUCCGAACGAGCAGGCCAGAGGGGAUUUGAUCAGACGAAACGACGAAGCGGACAUAAUUGAAGCAACUCUUUUGAAAUGCAACCGCUCUGUUGACGUUGUUUUCUUGAUAGACGAAUCUGGCAGUGUUUCCCUCGCGAACUUUCGAGAAAGCCUCGAUUUUGUAGAGAACAUGAUAAAAGCAUUUCCAGAUGAUAGACUCAGCGGAAAAGAUGGCACCAGAUUCGGUUUGUCCACAUUCAGUUCCAGCUACAGAUCACAUUUCUAUUUAUCAAACUACACAAAUCAGUCAGCCUACCUUUCCGCAGUUAAUCGAGUUCCAUACUCCGCUGGAGGUACCCAACUUGGUCGAGCUCUACAACACAUCUUAACCGAUCAAUUCACCGAAGAACGCGGUUUGCGUCCAGAAGUAAAUGGCGUCCCUCGUGUUUUGAUUGUUCUAACGGACGGCAUAUCGUACGACAGUGUUUCAAUUCCAGCAAAGAAUGUGAGAGAUGAAAACAUCGUUGUUUAUGGGAUUGGAAUCGGCAAUUACAAUCUUAGACAACUUCAAGAGAUUGCUUCUUCUGACUCACAUGUUUACAGGUUAUCCACUUUUUCCCAACUUGAGAUAUUUAUUUCAACGCUAACGUCGUCAACGUGCUAUGAACCUCGUCCUACAUCUCUUAACCAGACAAUCAUAACAGAUGUCGCAAAGGAUACGUAUCUAUAUUUCAGUUAUAAAGUGCCGAAAUCUUCAAACCUCGAGCUCAAUGUAGUCGAUUUAAGUGGUAGCACGUCUAUUUUCGGCUCUCGCACUAAUCCUCACCCUUACAAGUACGACAACGACAUUUCUUUCGACCGCUCAUCCCAAAAGGACAAACUCAUGGUCAUCUCACCUCGCACGGAAGAUACGGGAUUAAUAGGGCCAAACGCCGGCGAGCUCAAACAAAUUUUUGUUUCAGUAACUUCGGACACCGACACCGCUUUGUUUCAGAUGGAAGGCAACGAAUGCAAUCCUUUGAACUGCACGGAGGGAACAAAUGAAAUACAUCCAAGUACCACUCCGAAAUCUUCAGCUCGUGUUGUUAUUGCUACAAAGUUCGUGGUGGUAAGUUUUGCAAUGUUGAUGAUGCUUUUUGAAAUAUAUGACAUUUAA